AUGGAUACUAAAAACAUUAUCCUGUUAGCACUUUCCUUAGUCCUGCUCCUGAAGGUAGCUCAGAGUUUCGACUACAAAGACGAAGAUUUAGCUUCCGAAGAGAGUCUUCGGAGCUUAUACGAGCGAUGGCGUAGCCACCACACCGUCUCUCGAAGCCUCACGGAGAAAGCUCAACGUUUCAAUGUGUUCAAAGAAAACCUGAAACAUAUUCACAAUGUGAACCAAAAGGAUAAGCCUUAUAAGCUGAAAUUGAACAAGUUUGCUGACAUGACUAACCAUGAGUUCAUUCAACACUAUGGUGGCUCCAAAGUUAGCCAUUAUAGGAUGCUCCAUGGUCCGAGGAGGCUAACUCGGUUUAGCCAUGAGGAUACCGAUAAUCUUCCGGCGUUUGUUGAUUGGAGGAAGAAAGGAGCUGUUACUGCAGUUAAAGAUCAAGGCAAAUGUGGAAGUUGUUGGGCAUUUUCAAGUGUAGCAGCAGUGGAAGGAAUCAACAAAAUUAAAUCAGGAGAAUUAGUCUCAUUAUCAGAGCAAGAGCUGGUUGAUUGCAACUCUGCUAACCAUGGUUGUGAUGGAGGAUUAAUGGAACAAGCUUUCAAUUUCAUUGAGAAAAAUGGUGGAUUAACCACAGAAACUAAUUAUCCUUAUGGAGCUAGAGAUGGAUCUUGUGACUCUGCCAAGUUGAAUGCUCCGAUGGUGACUAUUGAUGGAUAUGAAAUGGUGCCUGCAAAUGAUGAGGUUGCUUUGAUGAAAGCUGUUGCUAAUCAACCUAUUUCGAUCGCUAUUGAUGCCGGUGGGCGGGAUUUUCAGUUCUACUCCGAGGGAGUGUUCACGGGAGACUGCGGAACGGAGCUGAACCACGGGGUGGCAUUGGUAGGAUACGGAGUGGCUCAAGACGGAACGAAGUAUUGGAUAGUGAAGAAUUCAUGGGGCAGUGAAUGGGGAGAAAAUGGAUUUUUAAGGAUGGAAAGAGGAAUUGAGGCAGAAGAGGGAAUUUGUGGUAUAACUUUGGAAGCAUCUUACCCUAUCAAGAACCCAAUUUCUCUUGCCAAGGAUGAGCUCUAAAUUCAAUUUUUAUGUUAUGUUUGUGCCUUCAUUAUUAUAAGCUAUGUUAGGUGGUGCUUGUCAUAUCAAAAUAAAUGUUUUUUUUAUUUAAAUAAAGAUCAAU